AUGCGCCGAUCAUUAGUCGACUUGGUCGCACUGGGAGGCCGACGCAACACCUCGUCCUUGCGAUAUCGAGCCCAGCGGAAUUUCCAGCAGCGGCGAGCACAGUCGACCGAAUCCAACUUGAAAUCAGAUAGUUCAUUCGUUAAAUCAGAAAAGCCUUCCGCCGAUACAAAAACAACAACAACAACACCGCCCGCUAGUUCUGCAGCUUCGUCAGCUAGAGCCGCAAGCCCGCCGUUGACGGCUCCUCAAAGUCGCACUGUGUGGGAGGUAGUGAAAGCAAGCCCGGUGGGACGUUUUGGGGGUUGGUAUAGUCGAGUACAAGACAAACGACCAUAUGUCACCCAGAUGGUAAGCUCACUAAUUGUCUACUUGUGCGGAGACCUCAGUGCGCAGUUGCUGUUCCCUAGCGAGGUGCAGCCGGCACCACAGGAAUCGACAAAUAAUACAACAGUGUCUACGAAUGAUGCGAGUGAGGAACAAAGCAAACCUGUAUUGGCGGGGUAUGAUCCAUUGCGGACGCUGCGCCAUCUCACGAUUGGCCUCAUUUCGAGUAUUCCAUCGUUCAAAUGGUUUAUGUUCCUCCAUCACAAUUUUAACUAUUCGUCGAAAUUCCUAUCGAUCCUGACCAAAGUCUCUGUGCAGCAAGCUGUGUUUACACCGAUUUUCAGUACCUACUUCUUUCUCAUGCAGUCGCUCAUGGUCGGUGCUACUUUUGAAGAGACUUGUGAGCGACUGAAGAGAGCUGUUCCUGACAGUAUACGGAACAGUGUCAAGCUUUGGCCUGCAGUCACGGCUUUCAGUUUUAUGUAUGUGCCGCCACAGUUUCGCGCAAUCUUUGGCGGGACUAUCGCAGUCGGUUGGCAAACCUACCUCAGCUGGCUCAAUCAAAUGGCCGCUCGCGAAGUUGCAGCAGCUGAGACGGCGUCCGUGGUAGCAGCAUCACAGCCUGCUGGCCAUAUUUCUAAGAAUUCUGUUGCCUCACAGGCGGCGUGA